UCAGAGGGAAGCAAGAACAGAGGAGGAAGGAGACAGAGAAGCCUCCCAGAUCUCUUCUUCCUCGAUCCAGUGAAUAUCGACCAAGCUCCUCAAGAUCCUUCUGCUCUCUUCCGCUCCUCAAGAUCGCUCUGUUUCUCCACCCAAAUCUCGCCAGCAAAUUUCUUUCUUUCUUCCGAGAAGCUCGCUCGGCCGGCGGCCGGCAUUCGCCAGUCGCCAAUGCCAGCCGAUUCGCCGUGAGAUCUCUCUGAUCGCCGCGGCCGGAAUCUGGGUUCUUGCUCCCUCUCCGCUCGACCCGGUGUAGAUUCGGCGGAGAUUUCCAUUUUUCUGUUCGUGCCCCCGAUUUGGGCGCGAUUUGUUCUUCUCCGCCGGAAGGAUUUCCCGGCGCCUUGGAUCUUGGAUCUUGGGCCUGGUUCGUCUUGGAUGCGCCGGGAAGAAGCAUGGUGAACACGAACUACUCGGCGCUCCCGCUGACCUCCCCGGCCAUCGAGCUCCAGUCCAGCCAGCCGCCCAACAAAUCUGGCGCCGCGGCCGCCGCCGCCGCCAAUGGCGUGCACGCCAAGAAGCUCACCAAGCAGGACUCGUUCCUGGGCGAGGUGGAAGACGACGCCGCCGACUCCAACGGCGGGGAGCACGACGAGCUGCCGCUCAUCGGCGCCGACGGCCCCGCGGGUCCGCCGGAGGGCUCGGGCGUGGCGGGGGCGGUCUUCAACCUGGCGACCUCCAUCAUCGGCGCGGGCAUCAUGGCGCUCCCGGCCACCAUGAAGGUCCUGGGCGUGGCGGUCGGGCUCGUCUCGAUCCUCGUCAUGGGGGUGCUCUCCGAGGUCACCAUCGAGCUGCUGGUGCGCUUCUCGGCGCGCUGCCGCGCGCUCUCCUACGGCGAGCUCGUGCACCGGGCGCUCGGCCGCCCCGCCAGCGUCGUGGCGCAGAUGUGCGUCAUAAUCAACAACGCCGGGAUCCUCGUGGUGUACCUCAUCAUCAUCGGGGACGUCAUGUCGGGGUCGCUCAAGCACGCCGGCGUCGUGGACCAGCUGGUCGGCCACGACGGCGAGUGGGACAACCGGAGGCUGCUCAUCCUCUUCGUCCUCGUGGUGUUCCUCGCGCCCCUCUGCGCGCUCGAGAGGAUCGAGUCGCUGAGCCUGUCGUCCGCCGCGUCGGUCGCCCUCGCCAUUGUUUUCGUGGCCGUCUCUUGCAUCAUCGCGGUGGUGAAGCUUGCCGAGGGCAAGAUCAGCGCGCCGAGGAUGGGGCCGGACUUCAGCUCCAGAGCGGCAAUGCUGGACCUGCUCGUCGUCAUCCCGAUCAUGACCAACGCCUUCAUCUGCCACUUCAAUGUGCAGCCCAUCUACAACGAGCUCAAGGAGAAGACGCCCCGCAACAUGUACAACGUCGGGAGGAUCUCCACCGUGCUCUGCGUCAUUGUAUAUGCCCUGACCGCUGUCUCAGGGUACCUUCUGUUCGGCGACGACACCGAGUCGGACGUGCUCACCAACUUCGACAAGGACCUCGGGAUCAGGUUCAGCUCCGUGCUCAACUACAUUGUCAGGAUCGGGUACAUUGUCCACCUGGUCCUCGUCUUCCCGGUCGUGCACUUCUCGUUGAGGCAGACCGUGGAUGCGCUGGUCUUUGGCGAGUCGGCGACCCACAGCAGGAAGAAGAUGCUCUUGUUGACGGCGGUGCUCCUGGCCCUCAUCUACCUCGGCUCGACCAUGAUACCCAACAUCUGGAUGGCCUUCAAGUUCACCGGCGCGACCACGGGGCUGGCUUUGGGUUUCAUGUUCCCGGCCCUUGUGGCAUUGAAGCUGGACAAGGAAGGGUUGGAGUGCUUGGGGCAUGGAGAGAGAAUCCUGGCAAUUGGAAUGCUGGGGCUGGCCAUUGUCGUCAGCGUUGUUGGCGUCGCUGGAAACGUGUACAGCCUGAGGAGCAAGUCUGACUGAUGGACCAAGAUCAGCCAUGUUGUUAGGCUUAUUAUACAGAAGAUUGCAUUACCACUGCCAGGAUACACUAGUUAGCAGGUGCUAUACCAGCUGAGCUGCUGACCAGAGCUCAUAGUAUACAAUUUGUUCACCUACAGAUUUGAAUUGGUGAAACAUUACUGGAGGGGCAUUUUUGUACCUUUGGAACAGCCUGAUUCUUUGAUGUAUUUUUAUGUUUAUUCUUAGAUAUACAUGAAUAUCCAUCCUGGGUCUACUUUUUUGAUCGAGGCAACAGAUGAACCUGGUUCUGUACCGAGGUUGCUGUCUGUCCAUGAUAUGAUGAAAACUGUAUUCAGAAAA